CCAAUCAGCUGUGGAGUUCACUGAAGUGGGCGGGGCUAGUCUGCUCUCCCUGUCACACUCAUCAUCACGCUUGUUUCCUGGUCGGUUGCUAACAACCUGCUGCAGGUAACUUUGGUCUGUCAGCUGGCCGCUCAUCAUGAGGUGUUGACGGGUUAAGGUGCGGUGUUUAUCGGGGUGUAGAGUGUGGAGGAUGAAGCCGAGUCGACUGUGAGAGUAGUCCGCCUCUCUGCUCCUCUGUCCGGGCUGCAGGCUGCAGGCUGCAGGCUGCUGGGGGUUUUGCAGUCUGGCCUUAACUUCGUUUUCUCAGCGUCGCUCUGCUCUGAAAUCAUGUUUAUUUUAUAAAGAUGGCGGUGAGGUGGACUCUGUGAACUAAAUGACUGUCAGAAACAUCGCCUCCAUUUGUAAUAUGGGCACCAAUGCCUCUGCUCUGGAGAAAGACAUCGGCCCGGAGCAAUUCCCGAUCAAUGAACACUACUUUGGAUUGGUCAAUUUUGGAAACACAUGUUACUGUAACUCGGUGCUCCAGGCUCUCUACUUCUGCCGGCCGUUCCGGGAGAACGUUCUGGCUUAUAAAGCCCAGCAGAAGAAGAAGGAGAACCUGCUCACAUGCCUGGCUGACCUCUUCCACUCCAUCGCCACACAGAAGAAGAAAGUGGGCGUCAUCCCGCCCAAGAAGUUCAUCUCCCGCCUACGGAAAGAGAACGAUCUGUUUGACAACUACAUGCAACAGGACGCACACGAGUUCCUCAACUACCUGCUGAACACGGUGGCCGACAUCCUGCAGGAGGAGAAGAAGCAGGAGAAGCAGAACGGACGCCUCAAGAACAACGGCACCGCCGUCACAACGGAGACCGAGACGGAGAACAAAACGGAGCCCACGUGGGUUCAUGAUAUCUUCCAGGGAACACUGACCAAUGAGACGCGCUGCCUCAACUGUGAAACGGUGAGCAGCAAAGAUGAAGAUUUUCUGGAUCUUUCUGUGGAUGUGGAGCAGAACACAUCAAUAACACACUGUCUCAGGGACUUCAGCAACACAGAGACUUUGUGCAGUGAAUACAAAUACUACUGUGAGGCAUGCUGCAGCAAGCAGGAGGCACAGAAGCGGAUGCGAGUGAAGAAGCUUCCCAUGAUCCUGGCGCUGCACCUGAAGAGGUUUAAGUACAUGGAGCAGCUGCACCGCUACACCAAACUGUCCUACCGAGUGGUGUUCCCUCUAGAGCUCCGUCUGUUCAACACGUCCGGGGAUGCAGUCAACCUGGAUCGCAUGUACGAUCUGGUGGCUGUGGUGGUUCACUGUGGCAGCGGCCCAAACAGAGGUCAUUAUAUCACCAUAGUGAAGAGUCACGGCUUCUGGCUGCUGUUUGAUGAUGACAUUGUGGAGAAAAUAGACGCCCAGGCCAUCGAAGAGUUUUACGGGCUUACCUCAGACAUCUCCAAGAACUCUGAGUCAGGAUACAUCCUCUUCUACCAGUCCAGGGAGUGACUGGAGCUGGACCAGUGACACCAGAGGAGACUAAAUAGGAUGAGACCUCAGACUGCUGCCAUCUCCAUCUCCAUCUCCAUCUCCAUCUCCAUCCCAUCCUGCUCCCAUCCUCCACCUCAGACCUCUCUGAUGUACGUGCCAAUCCUCAGUCCCACCCUCUGGGUUUACCUGGGCUCCAUCUCUCUCUCUCUCUCUGUAAUCUGCUUCUUGCCUUUUAGUCACCUGCAUCUGGACUGCACUUUAAAACGAAAGCAAAAAUGCUCAACAGCAUGAAACAAAAAGGAGCCCCACGCUUGGUGUCGACUGGUGGGAGGAGCCUGCAGAGGUGAACGUGGUGGGGUGAAGGGUCUGGUGCACAUACAGACUGAUAUCAUUUCUAUGUAUAUAAGGUCUUCUUCCAUGAUGCGUCACCCCCUCUUAAAGGACCAGUGUGGAGCAUUUAGGGACAUCUAGCGGUGAGGUUGCAGAUUGCAACCAGAGUCAUUUCCUGUAUCUGUGUCACGAGGGUUUCACUUCUGCCCCGCCCCUUUUAGGAGACUAGCAGCAGGUCCUGAGUCUAUUAACUCCGAUGGGAGAAGUAAACGUGAGCACCGUCUCCAGAUGCACCAAACAUCCUCAACCACAUCUUCUCUUACCAGGUGUGCUGAAGGAUCAAUCCCACCUGUUCUUGAAUUGGAGACGUGUUGCCGAUUGUUUAUUAUUAGCAUAGGUAACGCCCCCUAAACGCCAUAUAAGGGCAGAUGUCGUGUGUAAAUACUCUAGCACAUGCCCAAGAAUCGGAGAGAUGCCACUAAAAAAAAAUCUUGGUGAGUGCUCUCGACCACUGGUAAACUUUUCUCUUAACUAAGAGAAGAGCAAAAACAUUGGUGACUCCCAAGAAAUCAGUGGGUACUAAGAAAAUAAGAACAAAUCGUUAUGAAGAGAAAAUUUGUUUUGUAUAUUGCUUCCUGCAUGAGACCCAUUCUGACACUAAAAUGGUAUUUUUUCAGACGGACAAAUUAGGAGGAAAUUAACUUUAUUGGAGACUUUUCUCUGUCUCACUCUCUCAAGAUCUGGCACUAGUCUAGCGUUAACAUUAAGCCAAACUGUGUCAAAAACCGUCAACUAAUGUUCACUUACACCUUAACUGACUCAUUUUCGUAAUGCUAAAUACAGCUGUUAGCUGUGUAGAUACACUUAGAAAGAACAAGUUACUCUCACUUAACAUUUUUAAGUUGGAACAACUUCACAAAAUUUAAGUAAAUGCAGCAAACUUUAAGUAAAUUUAACAAGUAGAUAUAAAGUAAACAUAACUUAAGACUAAUAGUUAUAUUUACUUACCUUUUUCAAGGCAAUCCUAGAUUUUUUAAAAUAAGAUCAACUCGUCAGAUUUUACGGUGUGUCUAAUUUUGGCAAAAGAACGAAAACAUUCUUAGUUUCAGGUGAUUAUACACUAAAGAAAAGUUAUGAAUAUUAUAUUCCAUUUCUGCCCAUAGAUCCCCCUGAAUGCUACAGACUGGUCCUUUAAUUCCUUUCAUUAGGGCUAUUUUCUCCAUCACUGUCCAGUCCUGUAUAUGUUCAUGUUCCUGGUGGAUGCAUGAGACGUGAAUGAGGUUGGAGACAAACACUGUAUAAUACGCAUAGAGAGAUUUUUAAUGGUUUUUGAAGCAAUAUCUGAGCGUUAAUUAGAGAGAACUCACAGCUGAAAACGACCUAAACUUCAGUGUGGAGGUUGUUUUGUCCCGUAGAGAUCCGCUCUGAGCUGCUGUCUGUCUGUCUGUCUGCUGUCUGUCUAACCACAUGUGAUUAACACUUAAUCCACCUGAGCCAAACGCUCCAACACUACACAUGGAAGGAAAUCCUGCUGUUUUACAUUCAAAUCAGCUGAAUCUUUAUAACUUUUUAUUCUGAUAGAAAACCCAUAUUUAUUGUACUUAACAUAUUUAUUAUUGUUAUUUGUAAUGCAGACUGGUAUAUAAUGAAGGUGUGUGUGUAAUAUGGCUCUUUUUAGAGCUUUGUAUGUUAACACUAGGGCUGGGUAUCGUUUAGAAAAUACCCAUAAAGUGAUACCGAUACCAAAAGAGUACUUCAUUUGAUACCAAUCAUGUAGACUCACAAGUCAGUCCCUAAACGCUUCGGCUGCUACAGUUCUAACAGACGGUUCAGUCACUGAUGCUGCUGUUCAAAGUAUAAAAAAUAAUAAUAAUCUCACAGCUCUCCUCCUCCAAUCACAGGUUGCAUUAAAUCGAAGAACGCUUGCAGUGAUUUGCUGCUAGCGAAACCAAACAAAUAGUCUUUUUUUUCUAGAUUUGAGUACAGAAAGGAUCAAAUAGUGGUGUCAUUUGACUGGAGAAGUUUGGAUACUACUUGGUUGGUACUGGUUAUUUCAGGUAGUGAUACCCAGCCCUAGUUAAGACACUUAUGUCUAAGCAGAAGGACAUGGUGUAUGUAAUACACAACUUGAUAGGACAGCUAAAGAAAAAAUGGUCUUAUCAGUUUAAUUUAGUAGUUUGCAUGUUAUAAAUAAAAAGAUAAGACACAUUAAUGUGAUGCAAGUGAGACACAACAAAGAACUGCCCAAUCUUCUGAUUGACAUGAAAACUGUGCAAUAAGAGGUGAAGUUAUCCGAUGUGGACGUUCCCAGUGAGACUAAUAUAAAGUUCAUUUAAAUGUUAGUAGUAGACGUGUUUCUUAGCAGCUGAUCUUUUCCCAGUGCUGAGUGUUUGUGAAGUUAAUGCCCCUGUUCUUUCAUCCAUUUCUUUUUUUCUUUCUUUUUCAUUCCCAUGUUGAAGUACAGCUGAGUUAUUUCCUCUCGGUUUGUCUCUGACUUUGAUGAUGUAAAUUAUGUGUGUCAACGUUGAUUCAUACGAUAUCCAGCGUACUGUAGAUGUUUAUCUCUUUGGCCCGUUGCCCCGGGGUUCGUGGCCGUUGCCCUGUAGAAUAGUGCGUCAUCAAACAACUUGUUUUCAUGUGAAUGACAUUCCUGUUUGCUGCCUAUCAGCGGGAUUACCAUUUCAAAUGCAUCUCAUUAGAAAUAGAGGUAGGAGUAGGGUUAAUUUGCUAGCUUAGUGUCUGUUCAGGAGAAGCAGAAUGAUGAAACUCUGGGUGUUGGGUGCACUUGUUUCUGCCGUCUCUUCCGUUUAGUCUGUUACUGGGUGAAGUCACGAGGAAAACGUGCCAAACUGUAGUCGACGCCGACCGUGCGACAGUCUUUAACAGAACAUUAUUUUCUUUGUAAAGAUACAACUGUACAUAUAUAUUAUGUAGAAAAAAAAAACACUUCUGGAAAUAGGAAAAAUAUUUUUUUAAAGAUCUUAAAAUGUAAAGACACUUGUGGCAAAGAUUUUAGCUCAACGCUGACCAUUAAAUAAGAUACUGUGCUAUUUUACAAUCACUCAAUCAGACGUCACCAUCUGUCAUAUUAUUGCUUUUUAUUUCUGGGUUGAACUGAGCCAGGAUAGGAAAACAGUAGCAGGAAUAGAGCCGGUGAGAGGAACAAGACUCUUUAACGCGCUGAUCUUCCAUUAACACUUAUGCACUCGCCCUCACUGAGACGCUCAGUCGAUGCACUUGGUCUGAUAUAUAUCGUACUGUGAAGGUGUCGCACCGAGGAGCACCAGGUCCAGGUGGGAUCUGACUGAGCUCGUCGGAGGGAAAAGAGGAGAUGAAUGAGUCUCCAUUUGGCUGUAAACUGAAAGUGCACUUUAUUAGUGAUGAGCUUCAAUGCUUUAACAUGAAGAACCACAGUUUAACACUCUCAUUUUGAGUUUCUUUUUCUUCUGUUCAAUAAAAUGACUCUCAA